AUGUUCAAGUACAUCAAGUCACCCAAGAUGUCAGAAUACUACCAUCCACUAUCCGACUUCGUCGACGUGGAUCCCAAUCAAGUUAUUGAUAUGUACAACUUGCCAAACCAUGGGACCACGUCUUCGACCUCGAAUGGACAAGAACAGAACGUAUGGGCUCUGGACGCGAUGUGGCCCACAAGUCUGAUGGGUAAUCUGACAUCUUCGUCUCUCAAUGGUGCUGAGCAUGGUUUGUUCGAUAACUCUUCCUCCUCAUCAGUUCCCCCAAUGUUCACGCCGACAUCAGACGCUGACCUUCCUCUUCUUACGCCGUCACUGACGCCGGAUCUCGCUCCUUCCGACGAGUUUGCUUGCCCUAUCACGGAUGCCACUGAGCCAACAACAGGGUCCCCCAAUGGCGCACCAUUGGUAUCUUCUCUUGGACCCCCGUUGGUCUCGCCUCUGGGCCCGCCGCUGCCCUCGGCCAGCUACCAAAUGCCCGCCAUGCCGACCGUCCCGCCGCAAAUCACGACCGAUUGCCAGCCAUCAGGCCCAAGCAUUUCAGGGUUCCCCUACUCAUCGUCGGUCCUGAACAUGAAUGCGUCUUUGACGUCGCCUACGUCUACGACUGGUUUCCGAUCGUCGCCGAUUUCGAACAACUUCAGCUACCACUCCUCGUCUAGUGGCUACCAGUCUGCCGGCUCCCCAGGCUACCAGUCAUCGAUUGAUUCGUACUCGACGCCCUUGCGAAAGCGUGGUCACCAGCGCAAUAUGUCCGAGGCCAGUGCCGUCAGCGCCGCAAGCAUCGCACAUCUCGACUUCGAUAAGCUCAAGAGAGAUACCGGUAUCUCGUCCGACACGGUUCAAGCCUACAUUACCGGCCCAGAUGCCAGCACGGGCAAGUGGACAUGUACUUAUCCCGACUGUGGCAAGAUGUUUGGUCGCAAGGAAAACGUCAAGUCGCACGUACAAACACACUUGAACGACCGGCCGUACAACUGCCCGAACUGCAACAAGUGCUUCGUCCGCUCCCAUGACCUCAAGCGCCACGCCAAGAUUCACACGUUGGUCAAGGCAUACGCCUGCCCCUGCGGCAAGGAGUUUUCGCGCCAAGACGCGCUCACAAGGCAUCGAGGCCGCGGCAUGUGUAUUGGUGGUCUGCCAGGCGUCGUCAGGAAACAAGGCAAGCGCGGAAGGCCUCGAAAGGCCCGCCCUGACAUGGAGGAGCGCAUCGACAAGGCAGCACGCACCAGACAAAACGAUGCCGAGCGCUCAAAUCAAGAAGUACAAGGCGAAGAAUUCAACAUCAACGACUUUGUCGAGAACCCAUUCACUCCCACCAGCCCUGAAGAGGACAUGUUCGCGCCCGAUAGCCAACUGGACAGUGAUUGGUUAAAUCACGAUCUCAAGAGGCAAAGCACUGGUGGCUGA